CAUUUACCACCCACUGACCCACUCGCCUACACAAGAUAAUCACUAAUCAGUUAUCAAUACAAUAGCAGUUGGAAUGACAGUAAACUGGAUUGCAGAUUGUUCAUUUUUGUUAACAUAUUUUGUGGUUUAGCUAUAAAGGUAUUAGCUGUCAGUUGCAGAAAUGAGCGAAGAACAUUUGGAUUUUGAAGUUGAUGAAUCAAUGUCAAGAAUGAGUAACGAAGAGGGUUAUCUAGAUGACUGUGUUAUCAAUUCACAGACUUGAACAACUUCAAUGAAUGCCGUUGAUGAAUAAGAAGCAGAAUACAGAAUAGAUCUCAUUGAAUCCCGUAAUCAAAAACACUGGAUUUACAAUAAUAUCCUGUUUACUCAACAGUGACUUGAAUGAUUGAAGUUCAGCAUUUCAGUUCAUGGAAUGAGAAUGAUAGACUUCAACUAAUGGAAGAUCAGCAAGAGAUGCUCAAUUCAUCUCUUAUGGCAUUGACCUCACAUUUCGCUCAGGUUCAGCUACGUUUGCGGCAGAUUGUAGAAGCACCCCCAGACGAGAAAGAAAAUCUUUUAAAAGAGCUUGAAGAAUUCGCCAAUCGUGGUAUACCUCUGCCAUGUGAUUCGUCCAAAGCAUCCUUCCUUCAACUGGAAAAUGAAACAGAUCAACUUGAAGAAAAAAUAAAUAUUCAACGAAUAAAGCAGAAGAAACUGAUCACUCAAUUGAAGGCCCAGCUGGAAGACUUGGAACAAUAUGCCUAUGAAACAGGCGAUGCCGAGCUGCCCCAGAGUCUAGUCAUGGAAAGACAAAAGCUAGUUAUCGAUCAAUUGAAAGGAAGAUUGAAUUUGAAUAUAGAUCAUAUUGAUCAAUUGACGAUGGAUGAUUUGAAAGUUCAUAUUGAUCACGCAAUCGCUCAGCUGGUAAGUCCCAUGAAGAUGAAAGAGCAAUUGGUGACUCAAUUGAAGACUCAAAUCACCGAUUUGGAACGUUUCAUUGAAUUUCUCCAAGGAGGAUCAGAUGUUACGACCUCACAGACCGCCUGCACAUGUAAGUGCCCUCUGCACAGGCAUAAGAUGAAAGGACUCGAUUCGAAAUCAGAGCAUCGCAAGACAGAACAAGAGCUUCGAGCAAGGACAAUAAACAUAAUCAGAAGGGUGGUUGCGAUCCUUCACGUUUUCGCUGGUCAUCAUAUUGGACAAACUGAACGAUUUACUAGGAAUAUAUUGAAGAAAACGAUGAAAGUUAAUCAUUGGGGAGACACGGCUGCUGAACUGCAACUAGCCAUCGAUGAAGUGGUGAGCCUUGCGCAAUGGCCCUCUGCGGACCCCACCACUGACAGUGACUAUGUGAGUGACUCCGAGGCGAGUGGUGCCCUCUUGAACAGCCAGCAGUGCAACAGUCAGCUGGUGCGAGCUGUACGCAAGAAUCUUGCUCCUCGUCUGCAACAGCUCUUGCAACAUGGCUUGUCCCCGGUGAAUGAUAGUUUGAGCUUGGUGCAGCCAUUUUUAGCAUGCUUGCCACAGGCGACAGCUCCCAGUCGGCCCAUGCAUGCUUGGGAGCUGCUAGUCAAAUACUAUGAGAUGAAAAAAGGAGACCAGUAUAAUGCAUCUCCGGCUUGUAAAUUGUCUCAAAGCUUCAAUCUUGAUCUUCUUGGGAGUAGUAUUUCCAAUAAGCAGAAACUUCUGAGCACUAUUGGGAACAUACAGCUAUCGCACUCGAAAUUCAAGAGAAGUUACGACUCACAUUUCAAAGCAUUUGUUUGUGAAGCAUUGAACUUGAAAACUCUAGUCAUUUGGUUACGGAUAAUUUUAAGAAGCAAUUCUCUAAUCGAUCAAUACUAUCAACCGUGGAGCUACGUUGUUAAAACAGGGUUCGAAGAUAGUUUCAGAAGUUUGGAGAAACUCAGCACCUGUACUUUCAACUUACCUGUCGAUUCUUCUAUCAGACCUUUUCAAAAUAUAAGGCAUGCUUUUUAAUAGUCAAUAAAGGCAUGCUUAAUAAGUCUACUUAAUUGAAUUGUCUUGAACUAUCAUUAAAUUAUAUUCUUGAGGUGUUUAAAUUUUUGAAAUACUUGGAUUAACAUUAUAUCUUUAAUUAAUACAGAAAUAACUACAUAGUAGUUAUUCUUUAAAACUUUUACAAAAACCCUACUAGUUUCAACUUUCAAGUGCCCUUUUCUUGAACAAGGCAUUUUUUUUAAUGGACACUUGGAAAUGGUUUGAAAGCUGAAACUAGUAGUGUUUCUGUAAAUAAAGGGUACUAUGUAGUUAUUUCUGUAUAUAAAGGGUACUAUGUAGUUAUUUCUGUAUACAUUAAUCAAUUAAAAUAGCCCUAUUAAAAUACUUUAUUAGAUUAUAUCGUUAAUUUUAUUGUUGAGGAAGAUUCAUGUAGUUAAAAUUAGCUUCCAAUGUUCCAUUAAAUACAUAACAAUUCAAUGGGAAAUGUGCCGUUCGUCUGGUAUUAGUUUUCUCCAUUGAGAAGAAUGUGUUUCAUACUAUAGUAAAUAAGCAACGUAUGAUAAUAACCUCGAUUACCGAAACACUUUCUUCAAGUUUGAAGGAACUUCAUUCACAAUGUUAUUUGUUGUGUUGAAAGUAUUAAAGUUUUAUGAUUAAGUAUCCAA